AUGUACCGGCUGUACCUGCUACUGUGUACCGCCGCGCUGGCCGCGGGCCAAUACGACAACAUAGAGACUCGCUCGGUGGCGUUCAACGGCAAAGCGGCCAACAUCGGUCCGCUUUACAACUUCGCCAAUUCGGGAUACCGCGACACCAGCUACGAGGACAACGCCGUCACGCCGAGCCCGUCGCCCGCGCCCAUCUAUCGCAAUCCCAGCGCGCAACAGGUGUACAGAAAGCCGAGCAUCGAUGGAUCUCAAGAGUACCGGACACCGACUCCGAUCAGGAUAAACGCGAAUCCACGCGUGCAGAUACGCGGUGGACCCCAACAGUUUACCAAAAAUGGACCGCUGGAAGAAUUGGAGGAAGAAAAGGAAGAACCCGAUCGUCUGAGUCUUCUCUUGCCCCAGAGUAAAUUUGACUGCGUCGGAAAACAAACGGGAUACUACGCCGAUGAAGAGCUCAAUUGCGAAGUAUUCCAUUACUGCCAAGACAAUGCCAGGCACUCCUGGAUCUGCCCCGAAGGUUUCACUUUCCACCAGGUGCAUUUAAUCUGCAUGCCGCCCAACGGCGACAUAAACUGCAAAAAGAGCUCGCAGUAUCACUUCGUGAACGAGUACCUGUACAAGCCAUUGAACUUGGAGGAGGCCGAGAGCAAGCCCAACGUAACGAUAAGAUACAGCGAGAGAUAUUUCCCGGCCGACAUCUACACGGACGAGCGUGAAAGUUCAGAGUCUUACAGAACGCCGAGCCAGCAGAGACGGCCCAUCUACAUCAACACUCCUACUCAGCACGUCGCGCCCACCGCCAACAGCAUCCCCAACGUGGUGCGUCCCCAGUCGACCGCCUCGCCGCAGCAGUAUCGCUUCCCCAUCAAUCAGGUUUUCCGCAGCCCCGAGGAAGUUAAUAUUCCUCUGCAGCAGAGAAGACCCCAGCAGCUGUCGGCCGCGCAAAAUCUCAGAAGGUUUCCUCAAGUCAGACCCGACGAGGAAGAUUACGAGUAA